AUGAGAGAGGAGUUGUACGAUAAGGUUUUGCACGCGCAAAGGACCUACAAUAUCCCUGGCAGGGCAGGCAAAAAUUUCAGUCGGCUGCGCGAGGAGCUCGCCAUGCAAGUGGAUCCUAGACCCUGGGACACCACAUGGCGCCACACGCGAUUGCUAAAUGUACUUGAGCGUUGCAUCGGAUUUGCGGCUUUGUCCUUCAGCUCGUAUGUGCUCAUAGGCAUGGCCGUUGGUAAGAUCGUUGAAUUGGAUCCAGAUGAAAAGCAAUUAAUCAAGAAGAAAAGAGGGGAGGCACACAAGCAAAGUGAAACGAAAUGA